GAAAAAAAAAAGCAAAAUCAAACUCUUAAAGCCGGAGAAAAAGGAAUUCUGAUUAAUUAGAGGCUGACAAAAUUGACAAAGUAUUCAAAGAAACGACUAAAAUUACGAUGCUAUGAAGUCAGUUGUGUUAUUGAGCCUUCUUCUUGUGUUAUCCUUAGCCAUACAUAGGCAUAAAAAGUGUCCUAAGAAAUGCCGAUGCGAAAUUUACGACGGAAAGAAAAAAGUGGUGUGCGAUCAAGGAAACAUGUAUAAAAUACCAACUCCGUUAAUGGAUAAAGACAUCGAAAUUCUUAUCAUAACAGCACCUGCGGGUUUUCCCAAUAUGCUAACAAUAGGAAGAAUCUUUAUGGAUUUUGAAUAUUUAGAAGAAAUCCACAUCACUCAUUCUCACGUACCAGCAAUUGGUGACAGCUCAUUUUGGCCUGGAAAAAGGCUUCGACUUCUCAAUCUGAGCCAUAACAAUAUCUCAAUUCUAAGAGACUCGGAUUUUAACGGAUUAAAUAAUCUACAAAUUUUGAAUUUAAGUGAUAACAAUAUACAAGUAUCAGAAAUUCCAUCCGCUUUGUUCAGGCAUUUAACGAAUCUCACUACUCUGUUAUUAGCUAGAAAUAAAUUGCACAGUUUAGUUCCUCGUUUCUUUUAUCUUUUAUCGAACCUGAAAUAUCUAGAUUUGAGUGGAAAUCCUUUAACGGAUUUAGACGUUGAUAUCAUGAAAGAUAUCGGACAUUUGACGAUCUUGAAACUUGCCAAUUGUCAAUUAUCCAAGCUCCAUUCCAUGUUUUAUCAACAAGUUCCUAAACUUCAAGAAUUGGAUUUGAGAAGUAAUUUAAUGACGUCGAUUUCCCCUGAAGAAUUCAGGCACGUAAGAAAUUUACGAAUCCUUUAUUUGCAAAGAAACGUAUUAAAGAGCCUCAAAGAAAAGACAUUCGACAAGCACAGUUUCGAUUAUUUGGAUUUAUCCGGAAAUCAGAUCGAAAGUAUAUCAUCAUGCGCAUUUUGCAAUGCUUCCGUUUAUCAUUUAGAUUUAUCCAGCAACCAUUUAACAAGUUUGCAUCCUCAUACAUUAGUUCCUUUUUCAAAUUCCUUACAGUACUUGGAUUUAAGUUAUAAUCACGUACCUAUCGAAGACCUCUCUUUAGCUCUUCGACCCCUCUUAAAAUUACGCAAACUGUAUUUAAUGGGUAUGCAAUUGAACGAAUUAACUUCUGAUGCAUUUAUAAACUUGGAGCAGUUAGAAAUAUUGAAUUUAUCUCAUAAUAACAUAUUCAACAUUACUCCGAGCACCUUCGAACCUCUAAAGAAACUCGAAGCUUUAGACUUAUCUAGAAACGAAUUCCAACAACUUUCUUCCUCCGCCUUGAAUAUGUUCGACAAUUUAACUUCAUUGAACGAAUUACUCUUAUUUUCUAAUCCAUGGUCAUGCGAUACGUGCGAAGUGAUUUAUUUUAUAAGUUGGAUGAACAGCUCUUCGCUGUAUAACGUUUCCUGUCAAGCAACUGCUGGCGAUCAGAAUUGUCUCAGAUGUGUGUACCCUCUUUACUUGAUUGGCAAAGAAAUUCAUAAUUUAAAACCAGAAGAAUUGGACGUAUGCGAAGUAGAACCAUUAGUAGCCAACGAGAUGAGGGAUCUCAGCUCAACUUCAAAAAUUGGUUUGAUUAUUGCCGUAACGAUAAUUGUUAUCCUCGUUUUGACUAUUAUAGUUAUAAUUAUAAUAUAUAAAAGACACGGUGCUGUAUAUUAUACGAGAGAAGACGAUCGGGGUAGGAACAGCAUUUAUGAUAACCCGUCUAUUGGAGGAACCAACGGUUUAUCGGACGAGAAGAAAUCCACAUACGUAUCGACUCUAGGAAGAAUAGAAGAAGGAAAGGAAAGCGUUUCUUCUCCUAUAACUAGCGUUGGUUGAACUCGAAUCUUCCGUUUUAAUGAAGAUUAUUUUACAAUCGUAUCGCUUAUAUCGAAACGCGAUCGGAAGCUAUACCAAUCUAGGCCUAUUUGAAAGUCUAAAGCGUCCAAAUGCUGAUGAUCUGGAGGGAAGUUGCAAAUAUUAAUAUUUCUCUUUCGAAUUAUUGGUAGAACAAAGAUGUAUAUUCACUGCCUCCGUGAUAUUAUCCAGUGUAAUGUUUGAGGAAUUUGUUUUCGGUUUCGAAAGAACAAACCAACCUAAAGCGUCUUGUUCCUCGAGAAAGAAACUUUCGUGUCGUCUUCUCUAAGUUUUCAAUAGAAAAACUAUAGGGUUAAGAAAGUUUUCCACAAUAAAAUUCAUUUCAAAUCCAACAAUUAGUAUAAUUACAAUCUAUAACUUCCAUUAAGUUAAUUAUCACCAAUCUAACCAAUUACAACAUUCCUUACGCGAAAAUUAUUUUUUAAAACUUUAAAACUGUAUUUUUAAGUUAAUAUUUAAAAAAAUUUUUUUUUAUUUAUAAUUUCUUAAAAAUUUAUGAUGUCGAUGACCGACCGACGACCAAUAUUAAUUUAUUGACUUCAAUGUUGUCCAUGUUGCCGCUCCACUACACCAGUGGACUAAAAUAGUUCCUUAGAAUAUAUGCUAAAUAACCGUACCAAAAUAAUAUUUUGGCUUAGAAAGUAGCACACGAACGUGUGCCAUUCAUCAUUCAACAUUAGCUAAAUCAAAAAUUAAAUUAGAUUGUUCACAUCAUCGGAUAGUUCAUCCUGGUGGAAUGUUUCAAAGUG